AUGCAGUUGAAAGAUUUAGGAUUGCAUGACUACACUCUCAAGAACUUAAUGUACGAAAAUAAUUGCUGUAAAUUCUACGACGCCGUGGAUGAAAACAACACUUCAUAUGUUUUGAAAUUUGUUCCCUCAGACAUGACUUCGGAAGGGGAUACUUUUCCAUUCGUAGAUUGCUUUGAGGUUAAGGAGGGUGUCUUUUUAGUAUAUUCUUCAAACAACUUUGCGAAAGAAGGCACAGACUACUUUACCUAUACUGGCAGUAGUGAAAUGGAGGUUAGCAUCCCGAGCACUGCUUCAGAAGCAGAAAAAAAACGACAGUUUAUUGAAACUUACAACCCAAAACACCUUAAGCGAGGAGCAAAAGAGCAGCAAGAUGUAAAGAGUAGUACCUCAAAUGAAAGUGCAGUAGCCAACAAUUUGUCGGGUAAAAAAAAACAAAUCUGGGAGCACAGAGUUCCGACAAAUUAG